AUGAUUAUAAUACCUGUAACACAUCAAUCUAUACAGAGGGACAGAGCAUUAGCUAGAGCUAUAAGUCAACAUAAUAAUAAUCAAUACAAGAACAAGAAGGAGAGUAAUAAAAUAACUAUUGGUAAGGCUGGAUGUGAUAUAGAGAAUAUAUUGGUAUUUGAUUUAUCUUGGAAGAAGAAGAGGGUCGACGUCGAUAAAGAUGAUGAUA